AUGGGGAAGGAGCAGGAGCUGGUGCAGGCGGUGAAGGCGGAGGACGUCGGGACCGCGCAGAGGCUGCUGCAGAGGCCGCGGCCGGGGAAAGCCAAGCUCCUGGGUUCCACCAAGAAGAUCAAUGUCAAUUUUCAGGACCCGGAUGGCUUCUCUGCCCUGCACCACGCGGCCCUGAAUGGCAACACAGAAUUGAUUACCUUGCUGCUGGAGGCUCAGGCUGCUGUGGACAUCAAGGACAACAAAGGCAUGCGGCCACUGCACUACGCAGCCUGGCAGGGCCGGAAGGAGCCCAUGAAGCUGGUGCUAAAGGCAGGCUCAGCAGUGAACGUCCCAUCGGAUGAGGGCCACAUCCCCCUCCAUCUAGCAGCCCAGCACGGUCACUAUGAUGUGUCUGAGAUGCUGCUGCAGCACCAGUCCAACCCGUGCAUGGUAGACAACUCGGGGAAGACACCCCUGGACUUGGCCUGUGAGUUCGGCCGCGUUGGGGUGGUCCAGCUGCUCCUGAGCAGCAACAUGUGCACAGCCUUGCUGGAGCCCCGGCCAGGGGACACCACUGACCCCAAUGGCACCAGCCCCUUGCACCUGGCAGCCAAGAAUGGUCACAUCGACAUCAUCAGACUCCUCCUCCAAGCUGGCAUUGAUAUUAACCGCCAGACUAAGUCUGGCACGGCCCUGCAUGAGGCUGCACUCUGUGGGAAGACAGAAGUGGUUCGGCUGCUGCUGGACAAUGGGAUCAAUGCUCACGUGAGGAACACGUACAGCCAGACAGCCCUGGACAUUGUACACCAGUUCACCACGUCUCAGGCCAGCAAGGAGAUCAAACAGCUACUGCGAGAAGCCUCGGCAGCUCUGCAGGUCCGGGCAACCCAAGAUUAUUGCAACAAUUAUGACCUGACCAGCCUCAACGUGAAAGCUGGGGAUAUCAUCACAGUCCUUGAGCAGCAUCCAGAUGGCCGGUGGAAGGGCUGUAUCCAUGACAACCGGACAGGCAAUGACCGGGUGGGCUACUUCCCAUCCUCCCUGGGCGAGGCCAUCGUAAAACGAGCAGGUUCCAGAGCAGGCGCUGAACCAAGCCCGCCUCAAGGAGGCAGCUUGUCGGGACCCUCUGCACCUCCUGAAGAGAUCUGGGUGCUGAGGAAGCCUUUUGCAGGCGGAGACAGAAGUGGCAGCUUGAGCAGUGUGGCUGUUGGCCGGAGCAGUGGGGCCCACACCCUGCAUGCAGGCUCUGAAGGGGUCAAGCUCCUGGCAACAGUGCUCUCCCAGAAGUCCAUCUCAGAGUCUAGCCCCGGGGACAGCCCCGUGAAGCCUCUGGAGGGCUCCGCAGGUGCAGCUCGGUCCCAGCCUCCAGUGGCCCACGGAGGGCAGGUCUAUGUAGAGCAGCCACCCAAGAAGCUGGAGCCAGCAUCGGAGGGCAAGAGCGCUGAGGCUGUUAGCCAGUGGCUCGCCACGUUCCAGCUGCACCUGUAUGCCCCCAACUUCCUCAGCGCUGGCUAUGAUCUGCCUACCAUCAGCCGCAUGACCCCUGAGGACCUCACGGCCAUUGGGGUCACCAAGCCAGGCCAUAGGAAGAAGAUCACAGCAGAGAUCAGCAGCCUCAGCAUCCCUGACUGGCUGCCUGAGCACAAACCUGCUAACCUGGCCGUGUGGCUGUCCAUGAUCGGCCUGGCCCAGUACUACAAAGUGCUGGUGGACAACGGCUAUGAGAACAUCGACUUUAUCACCGACAUCACCUGGGAGGACCUGCAGGAGAUUGGAAUCACCAAGCUGGGACACCAGAAGAAGCUGAUGCUGGCAGUGAGGAAACUGGCAGAGCUGCAGAAGGCAGAGUAUGCCAAGUAUGAAGGGGGACCCCUGUGCCAGAAGGCGCCACAGUCGCUUGAAGUGAUGGCCAUUGAAUCGCCACCCCCGCCUGAGGCUGCCCCAGCUGACUGCCAGUCUCCGAAGAUGACGACCUUCCAGGACAGCGAGCUCAGUGGUGAGCUGCAGGCUGCUAUGACUGGCCCAGCGGAGGGGGCCGCCGCCCCUGCCACUGCCGAGAAGCCUUCCAACCACCUGCCACCCACCCCAAGGGCCUCCGUGCGUCAGGAGCCCAGCCUGGGUGGGCGGGCACGGCACAUGAGCAGCUCUCAGGAGCUUCUGGGUGAUGAGUUCCCUGGGCCUGGCAGCCCAAUGUCAAGGAGCCAGGAGUACCUGCUGGAUGAGGGACCAGCCCCUGGUCCUCUGCCUAAGGAGGCUCGGCCCAGCCGCCAUGGCCACAGCAUCAAGCGGGCCAGUGUGCCCCCAGUGCCUGGCAAGCCACGGCAGGUCCUCCCACCGGGUGCCACUCCCUUCACGCCCCCCCAGACUCCCACUAAAGCCCGGCCAGGUUCCCCUCAGGCCCUGGGGGGGACUCAUGGUCCAGCCCCAGCCACAGCCAAGGUGAAGCCCACCCCACAGCUGCUGCCACCAAUGGAGCGACCUAUGUCGCCCCGUUCACUGCCUCAGUCACCCACACACCGUGGCUUUGCCUAUGUGCUGCCCCAGCCUGUGGAGAGUGAGGCAGGGCCAGCUGCUCCUGGGCCCGCACCUGCACCUGUGCCCAUGCUGUGUCUGCCCCCUGAGGCCGAUGUGGAGCCAGGGAGGCCCAAGAAGCGUGCCCACAGCCUGAAUCGCUAUGCAGCGUCUGACAGUGAGCCAGAGCGGGAUGAGCUGCUGGUGCCAGCUGCCGCAGGGCCCUAUGCCACAGUCCAGCGGCGUGUGGGCCGCAGCCACUCAGUGCGGGCGCCUGCUGGUGCCGACAAAAAUGUAAACCGCAGCCAGUCCUUUGCUGUUCGGCCCCGAAAGAAGGGUCCGCCACCGCCUCCACCCAAGCGCUCUAGCUCAGCCAUGGCUAGCGCCAACCUAGCUGAUGAGUCACUACCAGAUGCCGAGACCAAGGUGGCUGGGACUGAGGAUGGCCAUCUGGGGGUCCGGGCACAGCGCCGGCGGGCCAGUGACCUGGCCGGCAGUGUGGACACAGGCAGUGCUGGCAGUGUGAAGAGCAUUGCAGCCAUGCUUGAGCUAUCAUCCAUUGGGGGUGGGGGCCGGGCAGCCCGUAGGCCCCCUGAGGGCCACCCUACACCUCACCCUGACAGCCUGGAGCCAGGCCGAGUGGCCACAGUGUUGGCCUCAGUGAAGCACAAGGAGGCCAUUGGUCCUGAUGGAGAAGUGGUGAACCGGCGCCGCACGCUCAGUGGGCCUGUCACAGGACUACUGGCCACUGCCCGUCGGGGGCCUGGGGAACCAGUGGCGCCUGCAGAUCAUGGCCACUUUGUGGAAGAUGGCACUACCCGGCAGCGGCUUCGAGGUCUAGCCAAGGGAGAGGCAAGUGGGGACGGCCCUCCCUUGGCCAGGGUGGAGGCCAGUGCCACACUAAAGAGGCGCAUCCGAGCCAAGCAGAGCCAGCAGGAGAAUGUCAAGUUCAUUCUGACUGAGUCUGACACAGUCAAACGCCGGCCCAAGACCAAGGAGCGGGAGACAGGUCCAGAGCCGCCCCCAUCACUGUCUGUGUACCAGAAUGGCACGGGCACUGUACGCCGCCGACUGGGCUCUGAGCAGGCUGGACCCCUGGAGCUGCCCCCGCCACCCCCACCUGCCGAGCCACCGCCCUCUGGCCUGAUGCACUUGCCCCCGCUGCCCCAACCAGACAGUGAUGCCCGGAAGCCAGCCAAGCCACCUGUCUCUCCCAAGCCUGUCCUGGCUCAGCCGGUGCCCAAGAUCCAGGGGUCUCCCACGCCUGCCUCCAAGAAGGUGCCGCUGCCAGGUCCUGGCAGCCCAGAAGUGAAGUGUGCUCAUGGUACGCCGCCGCCCGUGUCUCCCAAGCCACCGCCGCCGCCUACGGCGCCCAAGCCCGCCAAGGCCGCGGCAGGGCUGCAGUCAGGCAGCGCCAACCCGUCACCCACGCCCUCGCCGGCGCGCCAGCCGCCCUCUGCCCUCGCCAAGCCAGCCAGCACGCCUCCCUCGCUGAGCGCUAGCCCCGCCAAGCCCCCAUCUCCCAGCACUCCGGCGCUGCACGUGCCCGCCAAGCCGCCGCGCGCCGCUGUCGCUGCAGCCGCCGCUGCAGCCACUGGGCCCCCAGCCGCGUCCGUGUCCGACGGUGCCUCGCCUGGAGACAGUGCCCGGCAGAAGCUGGAGGAGACCAGCGCGUGCCUGGCGGCGGCGCUGCAAGCAGUAGAAGAAAAGAUCCGGCAGGAGGACGCACAGGGCCUACGCCCCUCGGCCACGGAGAAGAGCACGGGUAGCAUCCUGGAUGACAUCGGCAGCAUGUUUGAUGACCUGGCGGACCAACUGGACGCCAUGCUGGAGUGACGCGGCCCACGUUGGGCCCGCCCAUGCUGUCUGGGCUCCGCCUGCACACUGACCUUUACCUCAGGAUGGGCACCUCUGGGCGCGGCCCAAGUGGGCAGGGUAGAGGGCUGAGGGGGGCAGGGUGCAGGGGGCGCCCGCCAGGGCCAUGAGGCAGGGGCGGGUCAUGCUACCCAGCCCCUGCACAAGCACAACUCCUGCCCCCUGGGCUCAGGCAGGAUGCCCAGCUUGGAAAACUGCCUGGCCUAGGGACCCAAGGGCUCUGGACAGAUGCUGCUGCCCUGUGGGUGCCCAUCCCUGUCUGCUGCUCCCUGUGCAAUAACUGCUGGGCCACCUGCCCACCCACCACCAGGCUCUGCCCACUGUGUAGAGAAGGGGCGGCCCCAGGCACCCCUGCCCUGAGUCCAGGCUGGGCCCACCCUGGGAGGUAGUGAGAGGGAGGAAGCCACUGUAGCCCCCUCCCCAAUCUGUGGCAGAGCACAGGCCUAUGCCCAGCACAGAACUGCCCAUUGGGGACCUCUGCCAGCGGCUCUGGCACAGCACAAGGGGCUGGGGUCAGCACCCCUGCCUCAUUGUACCCACAGAAUAUAAGCUAUCAAGAGUAUUAAUUUAUUGGGAAUGAGCUGAGGCAGAUUUCCCCAGAGAAACAAAAAAGGUAUAACUUUAACGAAUAUAUAUUUAAAGAAAAAAAAUAUUAUUGAUCCUAUAGAAAACCAUUUACCAACUGCAAGGACACUGGAGUCUAGCUUGAGACAAAAGCUGUUAGAGUCCCUGGCCACUGUCUGUCCUUUCUUGCCUCUAUCCAGGAGUGGCCAGACCCCUGGCCCAGUAGCACAACAGGAGGGUUCAGUCUGGGGAAGGGUCUGUGCUCCACCAGGGCCUCCCUCUGCUCUCUUUCCUAACUUCUCUGCAUCUGAAGAACUCGAAGGAUGUGCCUUGCUGCUGGGCUGUGUCCUUCACACCGUGGAGAUGAUGCAGCGGGCUCCCUUCUCUCUGUGGGGUGCUGCUGUGAACGUCUGCCUGGGUUUCAGGGGAGUUGUACAGUGUGAAGUGGUGGGUUGGCUAGAUGACAGCGGCGGGUGCAGGGCAUGCAUGCCAGGCUGCGUGUGGAGCGUGUGAAGGUGUGCCUGACCCUCCCUCUCCAGGCCCCAAGCAGGCAGUCAGCCCACCCCCACCUGAAUUCCUACAGAUGCUUCUGCUCAUGGUCCAAGGCUGUGUCGUGUGGUUGUUCUCGCCCUUUCUCCCCUCUCCCCCAACCCCUCCAAAAAGUACUGACCAGCCUCCUCUACUGUGUUUGCUGAUCCACUUGUGUUGGACACAACUUUGACAUCUCUUUAAAAAAAAAAUUAAAAAUGCCAAAAACCAGCGAUUGUGAUACAGGUGGGGUGGAGGGGAUCGGAAAAGGUGGCAUCUGGGAAUGUGAGGCCCCUUCCAGUUGUCAUGCUGUGUUGCUUCUGGCGGAUAUACCUGGCCUCUCCUUAGUAGGUGGCCCAGGCUGGGGCUCCAAGCAGGUGAGAAGUGGGGGUCUGGGCAGGAAAGUACUGUCAGCAGUCAAUA